UCUGUACAAGGACGUCAUGAUGGAGGAUCACCAGCUGCUUACAUCACCAGAGGACUGUACCAGAAUCUCAGAAGGACAUGUGACAUCUUCAGAUUUUAAAACAGAGGAUUAUUCUAUCACACAAAAUACAAGUGAAGAACGUGCCAUAAUCCCAGAUGUACCCUCAGGUCUUCUCAGCAAAAAUUCAUCAUGUGAUUCUUUUAAAUAUGUCCAAACCUCUGAUUUAUCACAGACUGCAAAGGAACAGAAAGGCCACAAAAUGGCUGUUGAACAUCAAACAGAGGAGAAGCUGUUUUCAUGUUUGGAAUGUGGAAAUUUUUUUAAACAUAAAUCUUCUCUCCUUAUACAUCAGAGAAUUCACACAGGGGAGAAGCCAUAUUCAUGUCCAGAAUGUGGGAAAUGUUUUACAGAUAAAUCACAUUUUCUUAGACAUGAGAGGAGUCACACUGGGUCGAAACCAUUUUCAUGUACAGAAUGUGGGAAAUAUUUUAACCAGAAAUCAGAUCUAGUUAGGCAUAAGAAAACUCACACAGGGGAGAAACCAUUUUCGUGUCCGGAAUGUGGGAAAUGUUUUACUCACAAAUCAACACUUGUUUACCAUCAAAGAACUCACAGAGGGGAGAAACCAUUUUCUUGUUCAGAAUGUGGAAAAUCUUUUAGUUGUAAAACUAAUCUUCUUAAUCAUCAUAAAAAUCAUACAGGGGAGAAGCCAUAUUCAUGUUCAGAAUGUGGGAAAUGUUUUACAGAUAAGUCGUAUCUUGUUAUACAUAAAAGAAGUCACACAGGAGAGAAACCAUAUUUAUGUACAGAGUGUGGAAAAUAUUUUAUCCAGAAAUCUGAUCUUGUUAGACAUCAAGUAACUCACACGGGGGAGAAGCCUUUUUCGUGUUCAGAAUGUGGGAAAUGUUUUACUCAGAAGUCAACCCUUGUUUGUCAUCAAAGAACUCACACUGGAGAGAAGAGACUUUCUUGUUCAGAAUGUGGAAAAAGUUUCACACAUAAACCAUAUCUUGUUAUACAUCAGAGAAUUCAUACAGGGGAGAAGCCAUUUUCUUGUCCAGAAUGUGGAAAGUGUUUUAUAGUUAAAACAAGUCUUGUUAAACAUCAGAGAAUUCACACAGGAGAGAAGCUGUUUUCUUGUCCAGAAUGUGGAAAAUGCCUAUUUUCUUUACCCUUUAGACUUGAAGGUAACAUCUUAGAACCUAUGGAGUUAAGCGAGAACUGA